GCGCUUCGCCUCAACCUAGUCCACUGAGCCAUUUGAAUGAUGCCAGGGGAAGAUUUUGCAUUGCAAAGUCUGAUUGAAAAAAAAAAAAGCACCAAUUCAGGUAGUUAAUAGCGGAGUGGGUGCGAGAGCUGGGGAGAUGCGAAGGAGAAGGAGCAGCCCAAGCCGCUAGCUCGGGGGCUGACCUGAUUCUCUGAGAUCCUUAGCUCGCUUUCUUUUUCCUCCCGCCUGCCUUCCCCCUUUCGGGUCUUGCUGUCCCCCAGUGUUUUCCCUUUAUAGUGCUCGCAGCCCCUGAAAACAAAGAAAUCCGGCUGUGGGUGCAUCGGGGAUCAGGCAGUGAGUGCACCGCACCCGGGAGGCAGGCAGGGUGCUGCUGCUCCCCAGCCCCUGGACCAAGGCUUUCCCCGCUCGGGGUCCACAUCUCCUCCCAAACCCCCACCUUCCUCCCCUCCCUCCCUCACUCCCUCCCUUCUCUUCCCUUCCGUUCCUCCCCCACCAUCUCAGCGCUGGGAGGAAGGCGGACGGGGCUCAAGAUGGCUUUAGCCCGGCUCUGCGCCCUGCUCGCCUGCUGCUGGAUGCCGGCGGCUGUGCUGGCGACCGCCGCUGCCGCGGCCGCCGCGGCCGCCGGAGGAGGAGGAGACGGGGACCCAUCCAAGGAGCUGGAGUGCAAGCUGAAAAGCAUCACGGUGUCGGCGCUGCCCUUCCUGCGGGAGAACGACCUCAGCAUCAUGCACAGCCCCUCGGCCUCCGAGCCUAAGCUCCUGUUCUCGGUGCGCAAUGACUUCCCCGGGGAAAUGGUGGUGGUGGACGACCUGGAGAACACAGAGCUCCCCUACUUCGUGCUGGAAAUAUCAGGGAACACAGAAGACAUCCCUCUAGUGCGCUGGCGGCAGCAAUGGCUGGAGAAUGGCACUCUCCUCUUCCAUAUCCACCACCAGGAUGGUGCCCCAAGUCUUCCUGGCCUUGACCCAACAGAAGAGCCCCAGAGUGAGUCAGCUGAGGAGGAGCUGAGGAUUCUCCACAUCUCUGUCAUGGGGGGGAUGAUUGCUCUGCUGCUAUCCAUCCUAUGCCUAGUAAUGAUCCUCUAUACCCGUCGACGCUGGUGUAAGCGGCGACGUGUGCCUCAGCCGCAGAAGAGUGCCAGUGCAGAGGCAGCUAAUGAGAUCCACUACAUCCCUUCGGUUCUGAUUGGUGGCCAUGGUCGUGAAAGCCUGAGGAAUGCACGGGUACAGGGCCACAAUUCAAGUGGCACCCUGAGCAUUCGAGAGACCCCCAUCCUGGAUGGCUAUGAGUAUGACAUCACAGAUCUGAGGCACCACCUGCAGCGGGAGUGCAUGAAUGGAGGGGAAGACUUUGCUAGUCAGGUGACCCGAACUCUGGACUCACUCCAAGGCUGCAAUGAGAAGUCUGGGAUGGACCUCACACCAGUCGAUGCCUUUGAUUCUCCUUGCUCAGGAAGCGACAAUGCCAAGCUGUCCCUGAUGAACAAAUACAAAGACAACAUCAUCGCUACCAGCCCUGUGGAUGCCAACCACCAGCAGGCGACCCUACUGUCCCACACUUCCAGCAACCAGAGGAAACGGAUCAAUAACAAAGCUCGAGCUGGAUCUGCCUUCUUGAACCCUGAAGGAGAUUCAGGCACAGAAGCCGAUAAUGACCCCCAACUGACUUUUUACACAGAUCCUUCCCGCAGCAGGAGGCGGAGCAGAGUGGGCUCUCCAAGAAGUCCUGUGAACAAGACCACACUGACACUCAUCAGCAUCACCAGCUGUGUGAUUGGCCUUGUCUGCUCAUCCCACAUGAGCUGUCCACUCAUUGUCAAAAUCACCCUGCAUGUCCCUGAGCACCUGAUCGCAGAUGGGAGCCGCUUUAUCUUACUGGAGGGCAGCCAGUUGGAUGCCAGUGAUUGGCUAAAUCCUGCCCAGGUGCUGCUCUUCUCCCAGCAGAACUCCAGUGGGCCCUGGGCCAUGGAUCUUUGUGCCCGGAGGCUCCUGGAUCCCUGUGAACAUCAGUGCGACCCGGAAACUGGUAGGCAGGAGCACCGGGCAGCGGGGGAAUGCCUUUGCUAUGAAGGAUACAUGAAAGAUCCAGUACAUAAGCAUCUCUGUAUUCGGAACGAAUGGGGCACAAACCAGGGGCCUUGGCCUUACACGAUAUUUCAGAGAGGAUUUGACUUGGUUUUGGGAGAGCAGCCUUCAGAUAAGAUAUUCAGGUUUACCUAUACUCUAGGAGAGGGAAUGUGGCUGCCUCUAAGCAAGAGUUUUGUGAUUCCACCUGCCGAACUGGCCAUCAACCCUUCAGCUAAGUGCAAGACAGACAUGACCGUGAUGGAGGAUGCAGUGGAGGUCAGAGAAGAGCUGAUGACCUCAUCCUCCUUCGACAGCUUGGAAGUUCUCUUGGAUUCAUUUGGACCUGUCAGGGACUGCACCAAGGAUAAUGGGGGCUGUAGCAAGAAUUUCCGAUGCAUCUCAGAUCGCAAAUUGGACUCCACCGGCUGUGUGUGCCCAUCAGGACUCAGCCCCAUGAAGGAUGGUACCGGUUGCUACGAUCGCCAUAUUGGGGUUGACUGCUCCGACGGAUUCAACGGAGGCUGUGAGCAGUUAUGUCUCCAGCAGAUGGCACCCUUCCCAGACGAUCCUUUGCUGUAUAACAUCCUCAUGUUCUGUGGGUGCAUUGAGGAUUACAAGCUUGGUGUGGAUGGGCGCUCCUGCCAGCUGAUCACUGAGACUUGCCCAGAGGGAGCUGAAUGUGGGGAAAGUCGGGAGCUUCCCAUGAACCAGACUCUCUUUGGGGAGAUAUUCUUUGGCUACAAUAAUCACUCCAAGGAAGUGGCACCUGGACAGGUGCUGAAAGGAACAUUCAGACAGAACAACUUUGCCCGAGGCUUAGAGCAACAGCUACCAGAUGGCCUUGUAGUGGCCACUGUCCCCCUGGAGAAUCAGUGCCUAGAGGAGAUCUCAGAGCCUACUCCAGAUCCAGAGUUCCUGACUGGAAUGGUGAACUUCAGCGAGGUAUCUGGGUACCCUCUACUACAACACUGGAAAGUCCGUUCUGUGAUGUAUCAUAUCAGGCUUGACCAAGCAACCAUCUCCCAGGCUCUCAGCAAUGCCCUCCAUUCUCUGGAUGGAGCCACCUCUCGGGGAGAUUUUGUAGCAUUGCUGGACCAGUUUGGCAACCAUUACAUCCAGGAGGCUGUUUAUGGCUUUGAGGAGUCAUGCUCCAUCUGGUACCCAAACAAGCAGGUGCAGCGGCGGCUCUGGCUAGAGUACGAAGACAUCAGUAAAGGCAAUUCUCCAUCAGAUGAAUCAGAGGAGCAGGAGCGAGACCCUAAAGUGCUCACAUUCCCAGAAUAUAUUGCCAGCCUGUCUGAGUCAGGCACCAAGCGCAUGGCGGCUGGAGUCCGUAUGGAGUGCCAGAGCCGAGGCCGGUGCCCUUCAUCUUGUCCACUGUGCCAUGUGACUGCUAGCCCUGAUUUGCCUGCUGAGCCAAUUCUCCUGGAGGUUACCAAGGCAGCUCCAAUCUAUGAACUGGUUACUAACAACCAGACCCAGCGGUUGUUGCAGGAGGCCACCAUGAGCUCACUCUGGUGUUCAGGAAGUGGAGAUGUCAUCGAGGAUUGGUGUCGGUGUGACUCCAGUGCAUUUGGGGCAGAUGGGCUCCCCACUUGUGCUCCUCUUCCUCAGCCUGUACUCCGACUCUCCACGGUGCAUGAGCCUAGCAGCACGCUGGUGGUACUGGAGUGGGAACACUCAGAGCCGCCAAUAGGGGUACAGAUUGUGGAUUACCUCAUCCGCCAGGAGAAGGUCACAGACAGGAUGGACCAUUCCAAAGUGGAGACUGAAACAGUGUUGAGUUUUGUUGAUGACAUUAUCUCUGGAGCAAAGUCCCCAUGUGCCAUGCCGUCUCAGGUGCCAGACAAACAGUUCAGCACCAUCUCUCUGAUUAUUCGUUGUCUGGAACCCGAUACCACCUAUAUGUUUACCUUGUGGGGAGUGGACAACACAGGGCGACGUUCCAGACCAAGUGAUGUGAUAGUGAAGACCCCCUGCCCGGUGGUAGAUGACGUGAAAGCCCAAGAAAUAGCAGACAAGAUCUACAAUCUCUUCAAUGGCUAUACCAGUGGGAAAGAACAACAGACUGCGUAUAACACCCUCUUGGACCUUGGCUCUCCCAGCCUCCACCGAGUCCUCUAUCAUUAUAACCAGCAUUAUGAGAGUUUUGGCGAGUUCACUUGGAGAUGUGAGGAUGAAUUAGGCCCCAGGAAAGCUGGACUCAUCCUCUCCCAACUGGGAGACCUCAGCAACUGGUGCAAUGGCCUCCUUCAGGAACCCAAGAUAAGCCUACAGCGCACUUCACUCAAAUACUUGGCCUGCCGCUAUCGGGAGAUCAAGCCUUAUGGACUGGAGUGGUCAGAACUUAGCCGAGACCUCAAGAAAACCUGUGAGGAGCAGACGCUCAGUGUCCUGUACAAUGAUUAUGGAGAUAACAAAGAUAACUAGAGAUUCAGGGUACCUGCAGGGGGCUACCAAGACUAAGCAAGAGGGAGGAAGGGCUUUUGGGUUGGUUUGUUGAUUAAACUUUUUUUUUAAUGGACUACUGAAACCUCCAAAGGCAAAAUAACAGAAACCAGGGAGACAUGUUCACUGCUCUCUGCAGGACUUCUUCGGUAUGAAAUUCUUCUUCAGUAUGAUUCUUCUUCAGCAUGACCUGCCAGUCUGAGGUUUCAUAUGAUGCCCUUUUCCUUUGAGGGAUUUCUUUAGGAUUUUUGUCGUUGUUGUUGAUUUGUUUCCCUCACUUUUCUAAGAGUUUCAUCAAACUGCUCCAUGCUCCAGAUGAAAAAUCUGUCAUGCACAGACUUUCCUUUCUCCCUCUGUCUGAACCCCAUGCUCCUCACUGUGUUUCCCUCCUGUCCCACAUUCAGAGGGAUAUACUCAGAGAAAGGGCUGAGAGUUCAGUCCAUUAGACUUACCAAGCGUAUGUAGUCUGUAGUGUGGUAUAGACAUGUCAACUAUGACAAAGGAUGGGUUUGAAUUCACCCACCACAGAGCUCCUGAUUUUCACAAAGGUGCCAAUGGGGCAAGAGUGGGGCAAAUAACAGCCACCUCCUCUAUCCCCCAUUCAUUCCUUGCUAAACAGAAUGUAAGUGAGCUAUACCUAUAGAAUUGAGGCUCAGACGAGAAUUGAAAAAAACAAAACAAAACGAAAAAAAAACCCAACCUCAUCUGGAGAGAGGCUCCUGUCCAUCUCUCCCAUUUUUUCUUCUUUCCUCUGCCUCAUCACUACAUUAGAAACUUUAGGGCAUUUCUCUCUCAGGGUGAGAUCUGCCAUUGUUUUUGUGCAUCAUAGAAUAUAGAAGGGGACCUUCAGAACUUCUGGCCAUUUUUUUUUGCAUCCAGGAAGGACUAAAUGUAAACUCCACUGGGCAAGUGGAUCUUUUUCCAAUUCUCUGGUAAAGAGGAAGUGAAUUCCCCACCUCCUCCCCUUUAUAUAGAAUUAUACCUUUUCCACUGGGGAAGAAAAGUUGGGGCAAAAAAUUGUUCCUCUCUUGGUUAUCUCCUGCAACAGUGGUUCCAGCAUGAACAUUUUCAGGCCAGAGAGAAAUCUGUUUUAUUUUGGCAUUUUGUCCAUAGCAGGCCAAAUUACCAGGUUCUCUUUAGUCUUCUUACCAUACCCACCCCCACCUGUAGACUCAGAGUUCACCUGAUAAUCAUAGGAGUGGUGAAUUUCCUUCAUGUCAGUGUUUUAGCUUGCAAAGUGCUUGUAAAAAACUACUAGCUAGUUUUCCCCUACUAAUCUUGCUAAAUUAUUCAGUUAAUCUUGCAGAUCUUUUCUCUUGAUGACCUUUCAGGGGGCAAGGACUUCAAUGAAGGUGUCCCCCCCACUACCAGUUGGGACCAGGCAGCACAGAGAUUUCAACUAGGGAAGCACGGUGGAAGUUCAAAGGCUGUCAUAAUUGACACCCUGCUCCCUAUGAGAAUAGAUUCUGUUGUGAACUUUCACCAAAGGCCCCUUAAGAUGACAUUCAGUCUAUGCUGUCUCCCUCAGAUGCCACCCCAAAUGUUCAAGCUUCAACACUCCAAAUACUUCAAUACUUCGAACAAAAUGUGCAAUACUCCAAGCUUCACUGCCUUUGACCUUGUACUCUUUACUUGAAAGGACAUGAGGAAGUUGGGGAAAGGAGUAAAAGUUUGUUGAGGCCAGGCAUUGAAUUAAGGUAGAAUUUGACUUUUGUGAGAGCAGUUGAGGAGAUGUGUUCACUCAGUCUCCAAACUUCAAAUUCAGGUGAUUCUAGAAAUCUGUUCCCCACAGGGUGAUUAUCAGGGGAUUGCCACAGCUUCCAUAAAGGUCAGCCCAAGACUGAUCCUCUAGGUACUGCUCUCCUGAGGGACCUUUGGAGGUGGCUGGUGAAAGAGGCAGAGUGCACCAUUAGCCCUCCAUCAUUCCACCACUCUUGAAUGUCUUUCAUUGUUCUGGGGCACCAGCUCUAUAGGUGGUUCUAUAGUUCCAUGUAUAUGUCUGUAAGUUGAACUUGACCUGGCCCCUUCUUCUUAAGAGUGAAGCUCAUGAUAAGUAAGGAGGAGUUUGAAUCCUGGGUUCAAAGAAAUUAGUGAUGUUAUCAUGUCUGCUUCAAGAAGGCCAGGCUUCCAGCUCCGCAUGAUGAGCAAAGCUGGCUCAUACUUUUCAUCUUCUAGUGGACCUACUUGAGGAAUCUCCGGGGAUCUACUAUCAUGGCCAACAGAGGACUGUAUUCACUAGCACUUCCGCUACAUCAGUACGCAACCUAAGGUGAAAUGUUGAGGUUUUUACAAGAUCUUUCUGUUUCCCUGCUCUCUCAUCAGAGAUUUCUCAUUGAUGAGAGUGGUUUAGUAUUUAAUUAAUAAUAAUAGUAAUAAAAAAGUAGGCAUGAGGCAGGAGUUGGGGUGGGGUGGGGGAGUUGCCUUUGGUGCUGCUCACUGCCUUUGCCCCCUGUUCCUCUAGAAAAGUGUUAUGGUGAUAACACCAAUGUCUUCCCACCCUUGUAAUGAGUAUGCUGAUGGGCCUUGGAGAAGAAUGAACUGUAACAUUAUCUUGGAACUUGCCCCUUCUCUGCUUUUGCCUUUGAUGUAUUGCCUCUCUCUCUCUCUCUCUCUCUCUCUCUCUCUCUCUCUCUCUCUCUCUCUCUCUUGCUUCAUUUCUUCUUUUCCUUUUGUUUGUAUUCCUUAUCCCUUUGACUGCCUUCCUUCUCUUCUGUCUUCUUCUCUCAUCCUCCUAUAUUCCCUAUUUGCUGUCUAGUCCAUUCUCCCCUGAACACCCUUCUUCAUUUUAUUCUCAUACUCCUCUUCCCUUCCCUGAGUUUCUAUAGAAUCCCCUUCCUCUAUUUUGUUCUGUUCCAUCUCUCUACUUUUCUCUUUUUCUUAGUCUUGGUCCCAUGCUACCACCAUUGACCCUCCAGGUAUAAAAGAGGGCCGUAUAAGAACAGGGGCAUCCUUAGAACAGAUAAGCAAUGUUGUAAAAAUUGUAGUCCUGUCAUCACUAGCUGUCAUGCAAUGAAGUUGCCCCAAGGAUUCCCAAUAGCUAGAAGUUGAUAGUGGUACCUUUUCAGUAUUAAGCCUCCCAUUUUCCAGACUGCCAAACUAAUAAGUCCUUAGGUAGUUCCUCUCCUCUCCUCUCCUCUCCUCUCCUCUCCUCUCCUCUCCUCUCCUCUCCUCUCCUCUCCUCUCCUCUCCUC